GGCGGUGUGACCAGAGGAAGAGGUCCCAGUGGAGCUUGUCCCACCCCCACCCCACCCCCUUCUUGGCUUGGACCUGCCCCCGGGCUGCGGGCUCCCGACCAGGGCAUUCUGACACCCCUGCCCUUCAUGCUCCCUUCCUGGCCCCACAACCGAAACGGCGCCCCGCCAGGCUUCUACGUGACUCUGGUGGUGAACCGCUGGUGGUCUCAGUACACAAGCAUCCCGCUGCCGGACCAGCUGAUGUGCGUCAUCUCGGCCAGCGUGCACGGCGUGGACCAGCGCGGCCGCCUGCUGCGCCGCACCCUCAUCCGCUACGCCAACCUGGCGUCCGUGCUGGUGCUGCGCUCCGUCAGCACCCGCGUGCUCAAGCGCUUCCCCACCAUGGAGCACGUGGUGGACGCAGGUUUCAUGUCCCAGGAAGAGAGGAAAAAGUUUGAGAGCCUGAAAUCUGACUUCAACAAGUACUGGGUCCCCUGCGUCUGGUUCACCAACCUGGCAGCCCAGGCCCGGAAGGAUGGGCGAAUCCGAGACGACAUUGCUCUGUGCCUGCUUCUGGAAGAGCUGAACAAGUACCGGGCCAAGUGCAGCAUGCUCUUCCACUACGACUGGAUCAGCAUCCCCCUCGUCUACACCCAAGUGGUGACCAUAGCCGUAUAUUCCUUCUUUGGUCUGUCCCUGGUUGGCCGCCAGUUUCUGGAGCCAGAGACAGGGGCUGCCAAACCUCAGGAGCCAGGCCAGCAGGCAGGGCCAACCCUGGGAGACCCGGAUAUGUACGUGCCUCUCACCACUCUGCUGCAGUUCUUCUUCUAUGCUGGAUGGCUCAAGGUGGCUGAACAGAUCAUCAACCCCUUUGGUGAAGAUGAUGAUGACUUUGAGACCAACCAGCUCAUAGACCGCAACCUGCAGGUGUCUCUGCUGUCUGUGGACGACAUGUACCAGAACCUGCCCCCAGCCGAGAAGGACCCCUACUGGGACGAGGACCAACCGCAGCCUCCCUACACUGUGGCCACGGCGGCCGAGACCUUGCGGCCCUCCUUCCUGGGCUCCACCUUCAACCUGCGCAUGAGCGACGACCCUGAGCAGAGCCUGCAGGUGGAGGCGUCGCCGGCGUGCGCUCGGCCCGCCACGCAGACCCCAUUGCUUGGUCGCUUCCUGGGCGCAGGAGCGCCCUCCCCGGCCAUCAGCCUCCGAAACUUCGGCCGGGCGCGAGGCGCUCCUCGGACCCCGCACCUGCUACGCUUCCGGGUAGAGGAGAGCGGCGACCUGGAGGCCCCUGACCGCAUCGAGGAGGAGGAGGCGGCUGAGUCCGGAGAGGAGACCCCGGAGCCCUGAGGGCCGCCCAGUCCGCUUCCCUCCACCUUCGGGGCAGCUCUUCCUGUGUGCCUUCAGGGCCGCCAGAGGCAGGGCUGGGGUGUGUCCGCUUUGGUGGGAGAAGGCAGGAUGGGAUCCUUGGAGGAGGUGAAGCCAGGACCAGAGGCCUGGGCAGGCACGGAAGACUAGAGCCCAGGCCGCAGCUCGCUCCCUCGGCAGCUGGGCACCCGGUGAUUCUCUGAAGGUCCGCGGAGAGGCUGGGCACCCCCCCUCAGCCUUUCUGAGGUGGCGGAUUUGGGAUGGCGCUUACGAUUUUCCUCUGUAUCAAUUUCUCUGGUGGGGCCGCACUGUGGUGGAGUUCCGGCUGCUCUCUGCUAUGGUCUGGGAAAGCAACAGAAAAUAGCCCAAGAGCUUGGGCCUCUACACCCACGUUGGGGACCGGGUAGAAGCUCCUGGCUUUGGACUGGGCCAGCUUCCGCCAUUGUGGCCAUUUGGGGAGUGAACCAGCAGAUGUUAGACACCUCUCUGCCUCUCAAGUAAAUAAUAAUAAUAACCAAUGCCUGGAAUAUGCACCUUCCUCAUCCUGAUAACCUCACAAGACUGGUCAGUGUGUGCUGGGGGACUUUUGCUUUAUCUGUAAUGGUCAAGGUUUUUUUUUUUUCCAAUGAGAAUAUAUUCAUUUAU